AUGGCUGAAAUUAUCGAGAAUGCGCUCACUUGCGGAGUACCUCUGAGCGGAAAAUCGGCUGAGAUCCUCGAGAAUGCCCUUCAUACUCCCACGACGAGCAGCGGGACCGACGACGAAACCCGAUCCCCUCAAGAUGUCGACGACAUCGAGGGUACCCAUGUCCCUUUUCCAGUUGCGAUUGUUGGCAUGGCCAUGAGAUUGCCCGGAGGUGUCAGCUGUGAGAAGGAGUUUUGGGACUUUCUGGUUAACAAGCGCGAUGGCUUGUGCAAGGUCCCUGAUACCCGCUACAACAUUGAUGCUUUUCACGACGACUCGGGCUCGAGAGCCGGUGCAAUCCGAACACAGCACGGGUACUUCCUUGAGCAGGAUAUUGCACAGUUUGACACGGGCUUUUUUGGCAUUAGUAAGGCCGAGGCUGCGAAACUUGACCCGCAACAAAGACUCUUGCUGGAGAUAAUCUGGGAAUGUAUGGAGAAUGGUGGACAGACAGGAUGGCGGGGAAGGAACAUUGGCUGCUAUGUCGGGGUUUUUGGUGAGGACUGGCUGGACCUGAAGACAAAGGACACCCAAGACAACGACAGAUACCGGGUGGUUGGAGCUGGUGACUAUGCCAUCUCUAAUCGUAUCUCCUACGAGUACGACCUUGGAGGCCCAAGCAUCACCUUUCGAACGGGCUGCUCAUCCUCCUUGGUAGGUCUUCAUGAAGCAUGUCAGGGCCUCUACUCUGGUGAAUGUUCUUCUGCCUUGGUGGCUGGCACGAACCUUAUCUUCACACCAACAAUGACGACCUCAAUGUCCGAUAACAUGGUCAUUUCAAAGAGUGGAAUUUGCAGGACUUUUGAUGCCGCAGCAGAUGGCUAUGGAAGAGGAGAGGCAGUCAAUGCCAUAUUCAUCAAGCCCUUGGACAAAGCAGUCCGGGAUGGUGAUCCAGUUCGCGCCGUUAUUCGCUCUAGUGCAGUGAAUUGUGAUGGGAAGACUCCUAGCAUCACAACCCCUGGUUCCGCGGCGCAAGAAAGGUUGAUUAGAAGAGCAUAUAGGAAAGCAGGAAUUGACAAUGUGUCACAGACCGCUUUUUUUGAGUGCCAUGGCACCGGGACAAGUGUUGGAGAUACAUCAGAAACAUCUGUUGUCGCCAAUAUCUUCGGGGAAGAAGGUAUUUAUAUCGGAGCGGUCAAACCAAAUGUUGGGCACUCUGAAGGCGCGUCUGGAAUUACCAGUGUUAUCAAGAGUGUUUUGGCGCUAGAGAAUCAAACCAUUCCACCCAACGUUCAUUUCCAAAGUCCAAAUCCCAACAUUCCAUUUGAAAAGGCGAAGCUUCAGCUGCCCGUGGAAGCUACCGCCUGGCCAAAGGACCGAAGCCAGAGGAUAAGCAUCAAUUCAUUUGGCAUUGGUGGGACGAAUGCUCAUGUUAUUCUUGAUUCUGCCCCUCCCGAUGAUACAUGCAGAAAUGUGGAUGACCAACCAGGCCCUCAACUUUUAGUUCUCUCUGCGAAAUCAAAACAGUCAUUAGAUGGACAGAUUGGGAAUUUGCAGAAGUACCUGGACACGGCCAAGUCAUCGCUGGACGAUAUUGCAUACACAUUGGGUUUGAGGCGAGAACACAUGCCACACAGGGCAUUUGCACUCGCAGAAGCGGAUGGAAAAGUCUCGUCUUUUGAGAAGACCAAGUUCUCCAAGGCACCCAUCGUUUUCGUGUUUACCGGACAAGGUGCCCAGUGGCCCGGGAUGGGCAGAGAGUUGAUCGAAAAAGUAGGAAUAUUCCGGAAAGAUAUUCAGAUGAUGGACCGCAUCUUGCAAGGAGUUGCGGGCGGGCCUUCGUGGUCUAUUGAAGAUGAGCUUUCGAAAUGUGACGAAUACAGCCGAGUUGCAGAGGCAGAAUUCGCGCAACCGCUCUGCACAGCCGUCCAAAUAGCUCUUGUGAAUCUUCUGCAACACUGGGGCAUUACACCUGAUGCAGUAGUAGGACAUUCCAGUGGUGAGAUUGCAGCUGCCUAUGCCUCAGGUGCAGUGUCCGCUGGGGUUGCAAUUCUCGUCGCAUACUUCCGUGGUCAAGCAAUGAAGACUUUCCCCUCCGAGCGUCAUGGUGGUAUGGCGGCCGUUGGUCUCGGUUCGGAAAAAGCAAGGCCUUUCUUAAAGCCGGGCGUCGUCAUCGCUUGCGACAAUAGCCCAGAAAGUGUGACGCUUUCAGGUGAUAGUGACACCCUCAGUGAAGUUCUGGAUGGCAUUCAUGCCCAUGACCAGGAGAUAUUUUGUCGACAGCUCGCCGUCAAUGUUGCCUAUCAUUCACACCAUAUGGUCGAAGCUGGGAAAGCGUAUGAAAAGAUGAUCUAUCCGCAUUGCGCGCACAAGCUAUCUAUGGUACCAAUGUACUCUACGGUUUCGGGCACAAUUGUAUCAGAUCCCUCGAUUUUGAACGCCCGUUACUGGCGCAGGAACUUGCAGUCCCCUGUUCUUUUCAACACGGCAAUCCAACGGAUCAUUGGAGAUGACGACCAGUCAAAGCUAUUCCUGGAGAUUGGUCCCCAUUCAACGCUAUCCGGUCCUAUUCGUCAGUCACUUACGAAGGCCGAUACGGGAAAGCACCGCUAUCUUCCGACCAUUAUUAGGGGCAAAGAGCCAUGGAGAAGUCUUCUGGUGACAGCUGGGAAUCUAUACAUCCACAGCGCACCUAUAAACCUCCCUUCCCUCAUUACGCAAGGUAAAGUCUUAACAGAACUUCCGCCAUAUACCUGGCAGCAUGACGAGAGACUCUGGGAUGAGCCCCGUCUUGUUCGUGACUGGAGACUUCGCCGAUAUCCUCACCACGAACUCCUAGGCUCUCGGACUCUGGAGUCAAGUGAAUUAGAGCCGGCUUGGCGGAACGUCUUCAAUAUAGAAGAUGCUCUCUGGGUGAUGGACCACAAAAUUGGCACUGAUAUUGUCUUUCCUGCUGCUGGUUAUGUUGCUAUUGCAGGUGAAGCUGUGCGUCAAGUGGCUGGAUCUACGGACUACUCUCUAAGGAAUAUGUUCAUUCGAAACGCACUGAUUCUAGAGGGCUCAGGGCCCGUCGAGAUUGUCACGAGUCUGCAAUCAGUCAAACUUGCAGACAAUGUUGACUCGCCAUGGUUUGACUUCACCAUUUCAGCCUAUCAAAAUGGCAAGUGGAAGAAACAUUGCGUGGGUCAGGUUCGGUCAGGCGCUGAUCAAGAACAUGAUGUUCCCUUGAGCCAGAACUAUUCUCGACGGAUUGAAUCCGAUAAAUGGUAUCGUGCACUCAAGAAACGCGGGCUGGACUAUGGAUCCCAUUUCAGAGGGCUCGAACAGAUUACAGCGAGUUCAACGACUUUCCAGGCUUCUGCGGUUUUGCAUGGUGAUAAAACGCCGCAUAGCAGUUACUAUGCUCUUCAUCCAACCUUGAUUGAUGAAUCAUUGCAACUGCUCAGCGUAGCAGCAACACAGGGCAUCUCGCGUCGAAUGACAAGAAUGUGUAUACCGACUGCUAUCGAGUCCCUAUACAUCAAUGAAGGUCGUGGUAAAAUGGACUUGAACGUUUCCUGUGAGGCCACCAGUGGAACCAUGUGUGGUAAAUCGACACUACUCUCGAACAAUCAGGUUGUCCUCUCCAUGAAAAGGGGUGUCUUUUUCAGUGUCCAGGAUCCUGAGUCAAAUGAUCCGAAUGCGCUGCUAGCGUCGAACCUUUACUGGACACGGCAUAUCGACUUUGUUCCUUUUGAAGAGCAGCUCCCGCGUCUUCCUGAACCUCUCAUCCGAGCGCAGACCGUAGCAAGGGCAACGAGUGUAUACUUGGUUGAAGCAUAUCGACGCACGAUGUACUCGACCCCCGCUUCUGAUCAUCUCAAGAAAUACCACGCUUGGAUAAGAGAUCAGUACAGUAUGAUCAAAGGAAAGUCGGCCGACUUAGUCCCUGAGAUGAAGGAAACGGAUGUCUCAAAACUUGGCCUUCACAGCCCUUACGCAGAUGCAUUGCGCCAGGAAAUGCGCGAAAUGCAUUCUCUAGUCUACCCAACUCACCAACUUGCCGAGAGACUUUGCUCUGCCAUUCACGAUAUAUUAGAGGGACGAAUAAACCCCCUCGAAACGCUCAUGCAAAAUGAUUCAUUGAAGCGUUUCUUCGAAGGUAUGGCUUCUCUUUCGCCCUGUGGAGGCUUCCUCCGAUUACUUGGCCAAUCUAAUCCGAUCCUUCGCGUCCUGGAAAUCGGUGCUGGAGUGGGUGGCUUGACAUCAAUUGCCCUAAAGUCUCUCACAUUAUCCAACAAUAGCCGACUUUACUCUAAGUACACAUUAACAGACAUAUCGGGAGGCUUUCUAGCAGAUGCUCAAGACAAAUUUCGCGAGUAUGAUGCCAUUGAAUAUGCGACACUUGACAUCACUCGUGAUCCAGAAGGACAAGGCUAUGCACCGGAAAGUUAUGAUUUGAUCAUAGCUGGCAAUGUUCUUCAUGCCACACCUCGAAUUUCCGACACGUUACAGAACGUCCGCAAGCUUUUGGCCCCUGGGGGUCGUUUACUCAUGCAAGAGUUGACUGGCCGUAUUCCUAUAAGCGGCUUUUUGAUGGGCGUUCUGCCAGGCUGGUGGCUUGGAGAGGACGAUGGUCGUCGUGACAGCCCGGCAUUGUCUGUCGAGAGAUGGCAUGAGGAGUUGGCCAAUACCAACUUCACUGGCGUGGACGCCGUGCAAUACGACAAUGAUGAAUACUAUGCCAUAACAGCUACACUCCUCUCUACGGCCAAGGCCCGCGUCAUCACGAAAGAGAGGCAAAUUGGAUUGCUUUAUCUGUCAGAAAUCUCGGAAUGGGGCCGUGAGCUGGAGUCAGCGCUUUCGCUCACGGGCUAUACCGUGAAAUGGUACACACUGCACGAUACUCUCCCUCCUGGAUCUGAUAUCAUUUCUCUUAUCGACCUCGAAGGCCCCUUCUUUAACAGUUUGCUACCCGAGGAAUUCCGGUUGUUCCAAAGCUACUUGCCUAAAUUAGCUGGCAUCCACCUCCUUUGGAUUACAAGAACGCUCCAAACCGGUUGUGAAGAUCCUCGCUUCUCGUUGGUCUUGGGAAUGGCUCGGACAAUUCGGAAUGAGCUGGGUCACAAAUUCGCGACUUUGGAAGUUGAUCAGUUCGACACAACAGCCGUUGAUUCUGUGAUCAAGGUAUUUGAGAAGUUGAAGGCUCAGUCUAACUUACCUUGGCUGGAUUCGGACUAUGAAUAUGCUUACAAGGAUGGAAAUAUCCUUCUGCCUCGGCUGGAAUGGUCCUCUUUUGAUCAUCAGUUGGCUGCCGUACCACACUUGUCGAAACCACGAUCAUUGGAUAUCGGGUUCAACGGAAUUCUGGAUUCAUUGCGGUGGGCCGUGUCUACAUCUUCGCCGUCUGAGUUGAAAGAAGACGAAGUUGAGCUGGACGUAAGAUAUGUUGGUCUGAAUUUUAAGGACAUGAUGAUUGCAAUGGGCUUCCUAGGAGAUACGUCCGAACUAGGCUUCGAAGGCAGUGGAAUUGUUCGCCGAGUAGGAUCAUCUGUCGAGCAUAUAAGGGUCGGUGACAGAGUUGCCGUUAUCAAUCUAGGACUCUUGAGCACCCAAAAAGUCGUCCCGGCAGCUUCUUGCCAUCCCGUCCCCGAAAAGAUGUCGCUUGAAGAUGCUGCCGCGAUAUCUUGCAUUUACACGACGGCGAUAUACUGUCUUAUCACCAUCGGGAACAUACGAAAAGGCCAGUCCGUACUAAUUCAUUCUGCCUGUGGAGGUGUAGGACUGGCAGCAAUCCAAGUUUGCAGGAUGAUAGGGGCAGAAAUAUAUGCCACGGUUGGGACUAGUGAGAAGGUUACCUAUCUCACUGACAUAGUGAAAAUCCCAGCAGACCACAUAUUCGAUUCCAGAAGCACGUCAUUCUUGCAAGGCGUGCUGAAGAAAACCAAUGGACGAGGUGUUGAUUUAGUCUUGAAUUCCCUUUCAGGUGAACUUCUUCAUGCCUCCUGGAAAUGUGUUGCAAAAUUCGGUAAGAUGGUCGAGAUCGGAAAGCGAGACUUUAUGGGUCACGGCAAACUUGACAUGGAUGGAUUUCUGGACAACCGUUCUUUCAUCGGCGUGGAUCUUUCAGUCUUAGGGAAUGAGGACCAUGAAGCGUUGAGGGGCUUGGUUGAAGAGUUCACAGAAUAUUUCCGGCAAGGAAAGUUGACCCCCAUCAGACCUAUUAUCAUUUUUGAUGCCGGGGAUGUUGUCAAGGCUUUCCGCCACAUGCAAACAGGCCAACACAUAGGCAAGAUUGUUGUUCGAAUGCCGGAGGAUCCAAAUACUCUGCCAAUAUCCAAGAUACAUGACACCACCCAGCUCUUCAGACCGGACGCUUCGUAUCUUUUGAUCGGCGGACUUGGAGGACUUGGUCGAGCCGUUAGCACCUGGAUGGUGGAAAAGGGUGCCCGCAAUUUUAUCUUCCUCUCUCGGUCAGGCGCCAAGUCGCUUGAAGCCCAAGCCUUUAUUGACGAUUUGGAGAGCCACAAUAUGGUGGGCGCGACGGUUAUCGCGGGCGAUGUCUCAAAUGUUGAAGAUAUCCAGCGGGCUCUUUCGGCAGCCAAGCGCCCCAUCGCAGGCGUACUCCAAAUGUCUAUGGUACUCAAGGAUCAAAUGCUAUCCAAAAUGACUUACGAGGACUGGGUGGCCGCUAUAACACCGAAGGUUCAAGGGACAUGGAACCUCCAUUUCGAGCUUCGACACAUACCACUUGACUUCUUUGUUCUUUUCAGCUCUGUCACUGGUACCAUGGGAUUUGCUAGCCAGGCCAACUAUGCGGCAGCAAACACGUUCCUGGAUUCAUUUGUCAAAUAUCGUCACUCCCAAGGACUCCCAGCAAGCGUGAUUGAUCUCGGUUUCGUGGGAGAUAUUGGUUAUGCAGCUGAGCAAAGCCCACAAACGUUGAAUAUCGUCAAAACCAUGGACAUACAGGUAAUCGAAGAAAAGGAUCUGCUGCAAGCAUUGGAGAUCUCGGUCUUUGCUCAAUCCCCUCACCCUUCAUCACAGCUCGUCGUGGGUCUCGGAACCAAGGGCAAUGUUAAAGAACUACCGUGGCUGCAAGAAGGUCGCUUCAGUCGUUGGCGAAAUUCUUCAGUAACGAACAAAGCAACGAAAGCCAAUCAAUCUCACGAACUAAAGUCUCUUCUGGAUGAGGUCGAGAAGAAUCCCAGGUUGCUGGAUGAGCAGUCAACCCAUGACAAAAUCACCAUCGAGCUAGGUAAAGUUGUCGCUGCUCAUCUUGCCUAUGCGGAUGAUUUGAGCAAAGAGGAACUCUCCAAUAUUGCAAUUGACUCGUUAAUGAGCAUAGAAAUCCGCAGUUGGUUUCGCCGUAAUGCGGGUAUCGACAUCUCCCUGGUCGAGAUCUCGAAUGCGGGUACUGUUGGAGGACUAACCGACGUGGCCAUGAAGAUGUUGCGCAACAAAUACUUUAAUGAAGGGGAACUUCCCAGCGGAAUAAGCGCUUCGACAACAGCUGAACCGGAUGAAAUGGCGAUUUGUCUGGAGGACAUGAAGCUGGGCAGUGACUUGCGAGCUCUUCCUGGAACAAUCCCUGACUGGUGCUCCGAAUCUGAAGGAAGAGUCUUCCUGACAGGUGCGACUGGAUUUGUGGGGGCCUUCUUUCUCUUGGGGCUUCUCGCUCUCCCACAAGUUAAGAGCGUUGCGUGCUUGGUUCGAACAACGGAUCCUGUGUCGGGAAGACUGCGGAUUGAGAAGACGUUCACCCGAUACGGCUUGCCCCUUGGAGCUCUGGAUAAGAUCACUGUGGUUCCUGGCAAUAUUGCCCACCCGAAUCUGGGAAUGUCGAAGGAGGAAUUUGAUCAUCACGCAUGGUCAUCUAGUGUUGUCUUUCACCUUGGAGCCUACGUCAACUACACCCUUCCUUACUCUGCUCAUCGUGACGCCAAUAUUGUUGGACUCCUCAAUAUGCUGGAGUUUGUCAAUACUGGGCGUCUUAAGCCCUUGAAUUAUUUCUCCAGUAUCGGGGCGUGCGGCGCCUCGGCUCAUCUCACUGGUACGACUAUCCCUGAGGACGAAAGGGCCGCGCUGGAUCCCAAGUACUUUGAGCAGCACGUUGGGUAUACAAGAAGCAAGCUUGCUGCGGAGAGCAUUGCUUGGAACGCUAUUGCCAACGGAUUUGCCAUAACCAUCUAUCGCCCAGGAGUCGUGAUGGGCCACAGCAGCACAGGAGUAGACAAGCCCGAAGACUUGUUCAAUCGACUCAUGUACAACUGCAUCCGACUCGGAGCAUAUCCAGCUCCACCUCAUCAGCGUAACCACUUUGUCCCAGUUAACUAUAUAUGCGCAGCUAUCCUGCGCAUAUCGCAAUUCUCAGAGAACCAAGGCCAUGCCUUCAAUGUCGUCCAUCCUGAUCAAGAUCAAACUAUUACCUGGAUGGAUACGUUCAAAAUCCUAAGCGAGUACGGUUCUACUCCACUGCGAUGUGUCACUGCAGCCGAAUGGCUGCAGAUGUUCACGGAACGAGGGAAACACAGCAUGAAAGGAGCGACGCCUCUCCUCAAAGAACGACUAGCGGAGAACGAGAUCUGGUGGGGUGACAGCAGUGGAAUGGCCGUGUAUGAAACCACAAACCUCCGCCGAGCGUUGGCGGACUCUCCAGAUAUUCUGGAUAUCAAGCCUAUGCCAGAACUGCUCAAGACCUAUUAUGGCCGUUGGGAGGCUGGGGCUUCGGACACAGACGUCGCUGUUUGA